AUGGAUUAUCAGAAGCUGCAGGAGGAUGCACUUCUCACAGUUGUGGUGGUCAGGGAGACUGCCCACCUCAAGAGGCAAUUACAAAUCAACCCUGUCAGUGGUCUGGACUCCCAAGCAGGCCCAAACAGAACAAUUACAUCAGGCCAGGUUCUUCUAGCAGUUCUUGGAAUACAUUCUCUUUCAAAGAUUGAGAGAAGUAAACAAAGACUGCGCAUCAUCAGACAGAUUCCCUUUAAAAAUUUCAACAAUCUGACAAAGAAAGAUGAUAUCAUGCUGCUGCAACUCGAGACUGAUGCAAAAAUCAACCAGGAUGUGAAUGUGCUCAACCUUCCCAAAGGAGGAAUCACCGACAUGAAAUCUGGAACAAGGUGCACUGUGGCAGGAUGGGGAAAAACAAAAAUAAACAAUUACUCUGACACAUUUCAAGAGGUGGAGGUCGAGGUAAUUGGUCGCAGAAAAUGCAAAGGCAUGUAUCGAACUAAAAUAACCCAGGACAUGAUCUGUGUUGGUGACACCGAAGGCAGAAAGAAUUCAUGUUAUGGUGAUUCAGGUGGCCCUUUGAUAUGCAACAAAAUGUAUACUGGGAUUGUGUCCUUUGGCAAAAUAGACUGCCAAUAUCCUGCAGUGUACACUUUACUAACAAAGAAAUACAUUGAUUGGAUUCGGGAUACAAUUGGUUGACCGCUGAAGAAUGCUGAAGAGCUGUACUGAGUUAUCACAAUCCUGCUUCACUCUGCUUUACUUACACUGAUGCUCAG